AUGGCGACGUCCCCAGCAACAUCAUCAUCACCAUCAUCAUCAGCAACACCAACAUUCCACGCCUGGCCUCUACUCCCCACCGAGCUCAAACUCAAAGUCCUCUCACACCUCCUCCACUUUGACGAAACAAUCCAGUACAAAAACGACGUAACCUGGGAUCUCGGGGGACGGCGAAUUGGGUCGCACGCCAUGCACCUGCGCACGACUCUACUCCCGCUUCUCGCAACGCGGAACCAGCAACUAGCGAGGCUGGCCCAGGAAACGUAUUACCGCUCCAACAGCUUUUGCCUGGUUAUCGCGGAUGGCUGGUGCACUCCGUUCCGCUCGCCGCGCGAGCCGUGUGCGAGGCAGAUACGGCAUUUGGUGCUGAAGAUGUGUGUGAAGGCCGGGUUUGACAGGCUGGAUGGACAUGCGGCCGAGUUGCUGAAGCGCUUGGUGCAGCCUGUAACGCCAGGCGUUGACGAGGCACUGGCUACGCAUCAUCCUCCUGGCUCUGAUGCUUCUGCUUCACCCAGCGUAGCGACCCCGCAAAAACAGCAUCACCUCUGGCAAUCGCACCUGCGCAACCUGCACACGCUCUCGCUGCACAUCCAGAUCUGGGAUCCCAGCGAAGCAGACGACUUGGACAAGCACGGAGCCCCACGACACGACGGGUGCUGUCUGCAUCCCGCCAAGCUAGCGGCGUUGAGCGAGUCGCUGCGCGGAUUCGAGGUUGCUUUGCUGCGGGCGCGCAGGACAGAGGUGGUGGUUGAGGUGAGGUAUGCACGGUCGGCGAAGAGCUGUUAUGAGCACAAGGCCAUUUUCGAGACGCUUGUGGGGAGGAAGGGUACGGCGGGGGAGGUAGAAGGGCUGAGUUGA